CUGGGCUGAAGGGAAAAGGAAAAAGAAACACGUUACACGUGAGGUUAGCCUAGCCGUCAUGAACGUCGUUGCCGGCGUCCUGCUCCUUGUUCUCGGCGGCCUCACCCCAUCGCCGGCGGCCGCCGAUGUCUGCGACAACAUUAAACAAGUCGCCGCCACCCUCCCGAAGAACACCUCCUCUUCCCCCUUGCACUUCGCCACCACCACCUUCGGCCAAGCGCCCGACGUCGUCUACGCGCUCGCGCUCUGCCGCGGCGACGUCCUCAACGACACCGCCUGCGGCGAGUGCGUCGCCGACACGUUCGGCAAAAUCAACUCGACGCUGCCGCCGCAGCAGAAGUGCUACACGGCCGUCUCCUAUUUCGGCGGCGUCUGCAUCCUCGUGUACAAUGUCGACGACUUCCUCGCGCCCUCCAACACCACGGCAGCGAACGGCGACGACGCGCCAUUCACGCUAUGGAACGUCAAGAACUUCACCGGCGACGCCGACGAUGUCCGGCUCACCGUCGGCCUUAUCCACGAACUGCUAGUAGAGACGGUACAAAGGGCGGCCAGCGCAGCGCCGAGGCGGUUCGCCACGGGCGUCGUCGACACUGGCACGACGUUUCCGCCGGUGUACUCCCUGGCGCAGUGCACGCCGGACCUGUCCGCCGGCGACUGCCAGGCGUGCCUCCAGCGUCUCCUCGGCACGGUCAACUCCACUAUGGCCCUGCGGAUGGGUGGGCAGGUCCAUGUCAUACGGUGUUAUUUCAGGUAUGAGACGUAUCUGUUCUACGAGAGCCAACCCAUGCUUCGCCUUGGGCCGUCAUCGGCGCAGGCACCAGCUCCGACUCCGACUACAGAAGGGAAACACAAGAGGCAUAUGAGCAAGCUGUGGGCAAUUCCGAUUGCUGUAGUUCCUCUAGCGGUAGCAGCGUUUCUCUGCUUCAUCUUCUGCUCGCCUUGGUUCAGAAGGUACAGGAAAGGCAAAGCGAUGAGGUUACAAGCAGGAUCAAGGCGUACUCAGGACUUGGACGGAGAUGAAGAACUAGUUUGGGAUGGGAAGAACUCAGAGUUCUCGGUCUUCGACUUUGAGCAGGUGCUGGAGGCAACAAAUCAUUUUUCAGAAGAAAACAAACUUGGACAAGGUGGCUUUGGCGCUGUCUACAAGGGUCAGUUUGCUAACGGAUCGGAGGUAGCAGUCAAGAGACUCGCUUCACAUUCAGGGCAAGGUUUCACAGAGUUCAAAAAUGAAGUCCAGCUCAUAGCCAAACUCCAACACAGGAAUUUGGUUAGGCUCCUGGGAUGUUGCUCCCAAGAACAUGAGAAAAUAUUGGUCUAUGAAUACUUGCCAAACAAAAGCUUGGAUUUCUUCAUCUUUGAUGAAAAUAAAAGACUUUUACUGGAUUGGCCCAAACUUCUAGCAAUAGUUGAGGGAACAGCACAUGGGCUUCUUUACCUACAUAAACAUUCUCGGUUGCGUGUCAUACAUCGAGAUCUUAAGCCAAGCAACAUUCUCCUGGACAGCGAGAUGAAUCCAAAAAUUUCAGAUUUUGGGCUAGCAAAAAUAUUCAGCUCAAAUAACACUCAAGCAAACACUACAAGAAGAGUGGUUGGUACAUAUGGCUACAUGGCUCCUGAGUAUGCUUCGGAGGGCAUUUUCUCUAUCAAGUCUGAUGUAUUCAGCUUUGGUGUUCUUGUUCUUGAGAUCCUUAGCGGAAAACGGAAUUCUGGUAGCAAUCAAUGUGGCGAUUUCAUCAAUCUCAUUGGAUAUGCAUGGCAAUUAUGGGAAGAGAAAAAGUGGAUUGAUCUUAUUGAUGCAUCUUUGGUUCCCAAGAGUCACUCGGCAGAAAUGAUGCGGUGCGUUAACAUUGCAUUAUUGUGUGUUCAAGAGAAUGCGGAUGAUCGACCAACCAUGGCAGAUGUUGUUUCAAUGCUAAACAGUGAGACUACCAUCCUGGGCGAGCCUAGGCAGCCAGCAUAUUAUAAUGUCAGGGUGGGAAAUGAAGAGACAGCCACCACUCACUCAUAUACAGUAUCAAUGAUGUGAUUAUAUCUGCCACCAAUGGCAAUCCUAGACUUUUUAUCCUUCUGGCAUGUGGUUUUUACUAACGACAGUAACUAUUGUAUAAUGCAUUGUUUCUUUUUCCUAUGGCAAGUGGUGUUUCAAUUA